GAAAGACGCCCACUUUGCACUUACUGGCACGCUCUACAGACUUCCAUGUUUUAGCGAUCUGCUGUACUGCAGUCCUGUAAGGGUUCAUUGAUAUUCCUGACUGGGGAGACUUCACCAGAAGUGACCAUGGAACUGACCGCAGAGCAGCUGAAAAUGGCUGAGAUUCAGCUGAAAAGAUAUUUACCUCGAUCUCAACAGGUGUAUGGUUAUUUGGUCCUCAGAAACAGAGUCAGAUCAGACCCAGUGAGAGUUGUUGUGGAUAGAUGGCCAGAGUUCAAUGUCAUUGUCUGCAAAUCGCAAUAUGAACAGAAGGGGGAUCUCUUCAAAGACACACCAGUUUUUGCAAUUGAUGAAGCUAUUCUAGAGGAAAUCAUAAGGAACUCCAACGUUUUUGACUGGACCCAGUUCAUUUGCAUUGGAACGAAUCUUGGCCAAAUGGAGAUAUUCAAAGCAGUGGCAUCAGAAAAAGGCGUGUCCAGCCGCCAGCUGGCACUGUGUCACAUGAUGAUACUUGAGGAUGUAUCCAACCUUCCCUCUAUAGACAGCUCAGGUAUUUCACUGAGCUCUCUGGAUGAGUCCCACGUUGGCUUGGUGAAUCAGAUGUGGAAGUUUGCGGAGAACAAGGAUGCUGUGAGGAUGAUCCGGAACAUGCUUGCAAACUUCCCCUCAUGCUGUGUGCUGGACGCAGAAGGAAAGCCUGUGUCCUGGAUCCUGAUCUAUGCCUCAUGUGCAAUGGGCAUGUUGUACACUCAGCCAGAGCACAGAGGGAAAGGCUAUGCCAAAGUCCUGGUCAGCACCAUGGCCAAGAGACUCCACGCUCAGGGCUACCCGGUGUACUGCUUCAUAGAGGAGGAGAACGAGACCUCCUACAAGCUCUUUACAAACUUAGGCUUCACUCAGGACCCUUUACACAGGGAAGCCUGGUUUGGAUUCAAUGAUUUUGAAACACCUCGAAGAAGAAAUUGACUGAAAUGAUAAGUUGCUCAAAGAACAUACUAUUUCUAGUCAUUGGUAAUGAUAAAUGUAACCUUCCUACUGAAUGGGAACAUGUUAUAUGUUGUAGUUAAGGUUCUCAGGUGAUAUUACAAAUCUUAUCUCUUUUGCACAAAAGAACUUGAGGCAUCACUUGACCUGAAAUGAAAAGGAAAACAAGCUUAAAGUAAUGUCAAUGCAAUUAAAUGUAAAUUCUCAAUUUUAAAUAUUUGUUUCAAUUAUUAUUGUUUCUUAAUAAUGUCAAAUAUAACAUUUAAUUGUUACAACUGUAGCCAAAAAUCAAGUUUUAGAUCAGGUUAAAAACAGCAUUGAUAAACAGUAAUAAUACAUUUACCUCAAAUCAAUGAUUAAUACAAAUUAAAAAAGCAGAAAUUAGUUGAAAUUAUUAUUUUCAAAUUGCUGCCUGCUUUACCUUUGUUCUGGGAAGUUUUCGAGACGAAUCAGCCACAUUUUCCAGUACUGCAACAUUAGCUCUGAGCUCAGCUGAUGAGCAUGGGCAGGGGAACCAUCCUUAUAGGCCACUACAAUGAGACCAUUUUCAACCUGCAAUGAGAGGACAUCAGUUAGGUUGUUAUUUUGUGUGACACACUGUAUGUAGCUUACAUCCAGUAUUUAUAAAGCUAAAUAGGUUCUUAAAUAUUCUAUAAUUUAUCUUUCAACUAAGGAAUCAGGCUGGGAGACAGAUCAACAAUCUAGGUGAAAAGCAGAAAAAUAAAAAUAUCACAUUGUUUAUUUCAGUAGAUCACCUGGUACUUGUAGUUGCCAUCACUGUUCAAAGCCCCGGCGUAGGCUGCCACCUGAAUAGGAUUGUCAAAAGUGUUGCUUAGGAAUGGUUUGGGCUUCUCUGAAGUCUUCCAGUCAAUAAGACAUAGCACCCCCCUGCAGCAAAAAAUACAGGCAGUCAAGCUGAGUAGUGUGUGGAAUAAAAUUAUAUCUCUGUGUGCAAAUUCAAAAAUAUUUACCUGUAGCGGGCAACACAAUCUACAAUUCCCAGAUAGUUGAGCUCGGCAUGUUGCACAGUGCUUUCAGUGGCUCUCACUGCACUCACAUCUGCCAGAACAUGGGAGAUGCUCUCCAUGUAUCCCAGUACCUCAGGUUGGAACACUGCUUUCUCAGAGGAUUUUUCGCCAAUACUUGUUGCAUCUGAUAUCAGAAUGUCCUCCACAGCAGAAUGGAAAAGCUUCCCUUGUCUAAAUAAAUCU